GAAGCUCCGAGCCACGCUGGAUGAGUACACCACCAGAGUGGGACAGCAGGCCAUCGUUUUGUGUAUCUCCCCCUCCAAACCCAACCCUGUCUUUAAAGUAUUCGGUGCUGCACCCUUGGAGAACGUGGUACGCAAGUACAAGAGCAUGAUCUUGGAAGACCUGGAGUCUGCGCUAGCAGAGCACGCUCCUGCGCCUCAGGAGGUUAACUCAGAGUUGCCACCCCUCACCAUCGAUGGCAUUCCCGUCUCGGUGGACAAGAUGACCCAG